UCGCGGCAGGAGGAGGCGUGGCUGGGUUGGGGCUUAGCGGUGACGGCAGAUUCAGAACCGACAGAGGCGAGGCAGGCAGAGGGAGCGAGAGGGGGGAAGGACGCAGAAUGGCGACCGUGCAUUGCUCCAAGUGCACGGCCGAGAGGAAAGGAUUCAGACGGGAACUGGAUUCGUGGCGACACAAAUUAAUACACUGCAUAGGGUUUGAAAGCAUUCUUGAAGGCAUCUAUGGACCAUUACUGCUCAGAGAUCUCAGUUUAUUUGAUGACUAUGAACCUGAAGAUGUUAUUGACUGGUCCCCUGAAGAAAACGGUUCUCACUGUACAUUCUGCAAUCUUCCCCUUGAGAAACUCAAUGAUCAUGUGUUGUCAUCUUUGUCUCCCCUCUCGUCCCCAUCUGACUACUCUCCACGCCCUGCCCUCUCUGAGAGCAGCCAAUCAGCUCACAGGUUCCUACAGGCUGUGUUUAACAAGAAAGAUGUGCCUCUUGACUGUGACCCAAACAUCCCCCUAAUUGCCCAGGAGCUUAUGAAAAAGAUGAUUCGCCAGUUUGCCAUGGAGUAUGCCUCCAAGUGCCUGCUCCACACCACCACAAAUGGUGUUCAAACAAAAACCACUUCACCUCAGUCCGAAACGGCAGAUGGUCCCCUUGACCUUACAGUGAGCCGUGCCCAGGAAGAAAAGGAACCGCAACCGGAUGGCGCGCUUGACCUCUCUAACAGAAAAUCUGCCAGUUUACCAACAUCAAAACCUUCUGUCUCCACAAUUAAUCACAAAGCCUCAGGCUGCUGCCUGUCAAGCACUGCAAAAGAAACAGAAGCAUGUCGAUGCCAAUGGACCAAGACCUCUGCUUUAGGUGCUGUUUUAAGCUCGCUGUGUCCAGCUCAUCAGUUGUUGCUAUGCCGAAUCCUAAAACUAGCCCAUCAACACAAACUGCUCUUUAAAACUCUUAAACAAGUCCAACCAGAGUGCUACUGCUGUCAUUGUGGCAAAUAUUUUGAAGAUGAUAUGAGUUGUUAUCAUGGCACAAGGAGUGACUGCACACCGCAUAGCUGCUGUCAGCACUGGCUAAUUGAUCACUGCACCACUAGGUGCCAUCCAGGAGAGUCCAAGUCCAACUGCAGCACGCAUUACUGUGCUUUGAAAGAGUGUGGACAUGAAAAUGAUUGGGACUCCAACAGCUGCUCUGCUAAGCUUAGCAAAAGUGAGACUUGCACAAUUAUCUGCCCCAAGAGGGCACACUGUCAUUCCUGCCAAAGCCUCUCUUCUACAAACAUCAACAAUUUAGUGUGCUCAUUGGCCCCUACUGUUCCAUCCCCAUCAGUCUUAAGUUUAUGUUCGUUAUCAAUCUGCUGUAACCAACACAACACUCUACCAUGCUCAUGCCAUUUAAUGCGCUCCUCUUUGACUGAAGACAAGAGCACAAACUCCACAGAAAAUGAAGGUGACAUUACUGCACUAAAGCAGGAGCAAAGUCCCUCUCCCCCUCCUCUGUCUCCUAUCCCAGACCCAACCAAGCAAAGUGAUGACAGACCACCAGCCCUUGAUGACCAAAUUCAAGACGAGGAAAUUGAGCCUGUAGGGAAAAUACGUGGUAAUGCAAACCUUAAAAAAUAUUUGGUAAAAAGACCGAAGUGCAGAUCAGUGCAAAGUAGCCGUACUCUGAAAAGCAGUGGGACGCUACUGCAGGAUGUAGUCAGUCGUUUUAGUGAGAAACUUGAAACUAUCGAGCCUUCAGAGAAGGAUGUGCCAUUUGUCACUGCACCGGAGGCUGAAAAGCAUGAGUUACAUUGUGCUUCUAAAUGUGUACAAUUAAAUGCGGAUUCCCAUUUGACUGAAAUAAUCACUACAGUCCUUCACACAGGCAAAGCCAGUGAAUACAACCUUGGUAAACUCAUUAACCAUCAUAAUAACAAGGAGAGUCAUUCCCCAAACACACGUUCCAGACGCCGGCAGGAGAUGCUCGCUGCUAUGACGACGCCCACUGAUAAUGCUACAACCCGAAGGCAAUCUAAACAAACAAGACAAAUUAAAUGUGAACUAGCAAUGCUGGACCAAUAUCACAAUAAACACAGGGCCGUGUUAGAAAAUGGGGAAAGCAUUUUGAAUCACGCAAAUAAGGAAUUUGCACGAGAGGUCAAAGCUGUGAAACUCAAUUCAGACACUCCAAAAAAACCCAAAACGGAGACAGUGGUGAGACAAGUGGAAAACGAGGCAAAAUAUAUGGCAGCUUCUAUAAAAAAAGAGGCAGAUGUGGCAUUGUUUGAAGAAACUCCCACAUCCCUCCAGGGUGAUAAUUGGAAAGUGGCAAAUUGUAAAACAGUUCUGGAUUGUAAAAUGAAUCUGGAGAAAGAGUAUGGGACUUCAGUUUGUGGUAAAAAUGCCCAAUUUCCAUUAGAGCAGUCAAAUAAUUCAAGAAAGGCCAGGAAAUCUAAGAGAACCAUUGUGCCCCCCCCUCGCUUUUCCUCCUAUGUGACAGAGCCCCGUAAGAUGUACUUUGUUGCAUGUUUUUCAGACACUAUCUUUAACCCGAGAAUUCGAACAGAUGAAGGUAUCGUUCCCCCUCAAAACCCUAACCACAAGUCCCAUUAUGAAAAUAAUGCUUCUAAAAAUACAAAGGAAUAUUCUGUAAAAGCUGACAGUGAGAGCCUGACCGUUCCACCUACCAAAGAGAAGAGUCCCACUAAAAACAACUCCAACAUGCUGACAGAUGAUGACCGACGUACUGCUAAGCGCCGCAGAAGGUUACAGUUAGAAGACUUGUCCUCUGAUGCUAAAACAACACCUUCUGCAUGUGCUGACACUUGUCUUGAGUACACUAGUCCAAUAAAGCUUAUGUUUGUUUCUCCGGUUAAAGAUGAGCAGGGGACGAAGUACAGUUUGAAGUCGGCAGCUGCUGUAAAUGGAUCGCGAGCAGAUGAAUGCUUUGACCCCUGCGAAGAAUCGUCUUGGUCAGGGACACCAGAGAAAAUCACAAAAUCACAGAACCCACAGGUUGCCACACUGACUGCAUCACCUCUAAAGUCCACAGCCACUCCUACCAAACCAGCCUCUGGGUCACCAAGGUCCUCACUCAACAAGACCUCGCCAAAAUCAUCUCCACCUGCUAAAUCUGGCUCACCCAGGUCAACAACUACUUCUACUUCUUCACCAAAAGCAGGAUCAAGAAGAUCAGGUGAAAGCACUUCAACCAAGUGGGUGGAUGACCCUCAAAGAUUUUCCCAUGAUGCUUCAGGGUUGCAUGAAACCACUCCACCAAAGAGACGUCGAGGCCGGCCAAAAAAGCUGGGACCGCAGCUGGAGAAAAAGGUCAAGAGGCCUAUUGGCCGUCCACGCAAAGAGAAGGUUAAAGAAUGCACAGUAAAUGAAAAGGUAAAUGGAAAUACUGAAGCAUCUGACACAGAGAAAAAUGUCAACAAAAAUCUAAAAAUUACUGUUCUAUAUGGUCGUUCUAGGAGAAAUAAAAGGAUGGUGUCUGAGGGCUUUGAUCAGCUUCAAACUGAAUUUCGCGAUGCGUGUCAGGCAGUGGGCUUAAAUAAUAACUGGAGUAUGUUAAUGAACACUACUAAAGUUAAUUCAACAGAUCUUAAAACGGCUUCAGUUGAACUGUCCCAAAAGAUUCCCUCAAUAGGACCUGCUAAGGAUGGCGCUCCCCACUCAAGUAACAGUAAAUGUCCAUCAAAGGAUGAUGCUGCACCCUCUCGGAAACCAGGUAGACCCGCUAAAGUUAAAAUCUCUGGAAUUUCUGUUACAGUAACCACAGUAUCACCUCGACAACGCAAAAUUCAGAUCAACAAAGACAAAGCCUCUCCAGUAAAGCAGAACUAUAAGCGAGCACUCUUCCAAAAGCCCGUGUCUGCCAAAGAGCCCAAGACAAUCACUUGUCAUUCAGUGAGCAUCAGCAGUGAUGAAGAGCAGCAUUCAGAAGAACCUAAAGGAGAGAGUGAAACUGAACCAAACCCAACUGUUUCAGUUCGUCACUCUGAGAGGGUCAGGAAGCCAUCUAUUCAUUUUUUACAUGCAGUUGCGACCUCCAGCUCAUACAGCCGUAGCAGUGCUCUGGUGCGGCGCUCUAAACAGCUCCUGUUGAGUAAGACCAAAAAAGAUGAAUCACAGAAUAUAGUGCAGCCAUUAGAAGAAAAACAACAUAUAAGAGAGAAGGGGAAAGGAAAGGCCUUCUCUCUAGGAUUACAACAAAUAGGAACCGUGUCUGUUGACUCUAUCUACCGUCCAAAAGAGGUGAAGUGGUGGUCAGCCUCAGUUCAGGAGAAGACCCUAAACCAGGAACUUGCCAGACGAAUCCGACUCAUCUCUGACACCUGGGUUUCCGACACAGUGGGUAAUGAAGCAGGAUUUGUCUCUGAGAAAGGUCAAUCCAGUGGAAAGCCCAAAUGUUCCUCUGUGGUGCGUUCAUUGUUUGACUGCUCUCCUAACAAGCCCAGGUCCUGCAGCAUGCAGCAGCUCUGCUCGUGGUUUAUGCAGACCACAGAGACGCAGUCACUCUCGAUUGUUAAGAAGGCAAGCUCACGCAAUCCUUAUGAAGUCAUGCAUUUUCCACGAACUACAUACAAAAAAACAACAUGCUAUAGCCCUCAGGCAGAGCGGCUGCGCAAACAUCUCAAGAAAUUUGCAAAAAGUAUGCCAAAAAGUCCAACUGCUUAUGCACAGGCUCAGAAAAAGAUUCACAGAAGGAACAUUGUAUCAAAAUCAAAUUUCAAAUAUGGGCAUUCAACCACCACUCAACCUACAGACAGGCUUAAUUAUAUAGACAAGGGGAGGAGCAAAUCAUUUAGCAAAUACAAGAACAAUCUUUAUCGCGCAAAAAGAAGGUUCUUAUCCAGAAAAGUGAGAAAGUCCUGGACGAAUGGUAAAACACAGAAAGGUUUAAAAAGACAUACCACUGUAUUACAUUCAAAACAAAAAACAUUUCUUAAAUCACCAACAAAACAUUUUUCCAGUGGACAACCACUGACUCCUGUGCAUGAGGCUGAAGAUUCUUUGAGCUCUGAACAUUCAAGUCCAGAGACACUGAGGGAGUGUCGUGUUUUUCUGAGGAAAAUCCAUUCACCAAACAAUGGGGCAGCCAAGGAGGAAGAGGGUUCACACCCUAUCACACUGGAGAGGUCACCUACAGCAUUACUGUUAAGUAGAAGUGAAAAUGGUGCAGGGGUUAAACAAGCUGUGAAAACUGAACAUAUACGAAGCCCUAAAAGAGGUUGCUUUAGAGACUCACCUGACUCAGUCCAGGGACAGCAUGUGGAGCCAAUGAGAGGCAGGGGCCACAGGGAUGAAUCACCACAACAACCACCAGCAAAAAGGUUGAGACAAUCACGAAUGACGGGCCUAUCUGGAGCCAGAUGGCGUGACUUUGUGUUUGAAAACUGACUUUUCUGCAGAAUACUAAUGAGGCUAAUUGAACAGAAAAAAACACAAUGUUAUCUUUCUACCUAUUCAUGUUUUAAUUUACAAAAGUAAUCAGAAACAAGAGGCCUCCAUCUUGGAAAAGGGACUGUGGUUUAAAUGGUGCCUUUAGACAUUGAGCGGACCACAGACUGGCUGUGUACUAGUGUUCAGUCUAACACUCAGCAAAUAUGUAGCAGUUUAACUUAAAAGCUUGAUGUUGCACUAUUUCUCUUAUGUUUGUUUUUUUUGUCACAUCAGACUGGUUUUGUUUUAGAAGUUAAUGUCAGUUAAUGUCACAACUAAGCGCUUAUAUUUUGUUUUUUGAGGUAGAAAUAUCCCUCAAGCAGUUAGUCUAAAACAUCUUUAUAUAUAUAUUUUUUUUUUCUUUUUUUUUUUUAUCUGAGCCCUUUAUAUUUAUUAGAUAAUUUUUCUGCUUAAUACAUUUCAUCAGUUAGCAUUUUCUUACUAUAUUUAUGGUGCCAAGUCCUGCCAAAAUGAUUUAAAUGAAGGAGUGUUCUAAUCAUGCAAGAUCCCUGUAGCAAAAGCAGACCUUUGUGAUUGUACCCUAUAGAUAAUAUUGACACUUGUAAAUUUUAAAGUCGUAAUGUAGUUUUCGUUUCUGUCUGAUGCCACCUAGGUCGUACUAGAUGCCUUUGUCACAUUGCUUGUUGCACUAUUCCCUCUGAGAUUAUCACAGAUUACACACAUUUUCUUUUCCUAUAUUUUGCACAUCCCAUGUCCCCAUUGCCAGUCCCUAUUGUACAACUGGUGCAAUACUACCCCAGAUAACGUUUAGCACGUAGUAAUUAUUUUAUUGCUGACAGACAUGGAUGUACAUUUAGCUAUUACUGAAACCCGAGAUUUAAUGUGAUUUUAAAAAUGGCUUUGUUCUCCCCAACACCAGAUCCUUAAUUAUUAGGAUAGCAUUAAAGUGUUUGUGUCAUAGCGUACUAGCAUUAAUAUUUCAAAUCUGUACUAAGAACCUACCUCUAAUUGGGCUUUUCAAUAGUGUCACAGAAAGCCACAGAGGUUAAUAAAACACUUCCCAGUUGGAUGGCAGUUAGGUCCCAAGAUAUCUGGUUAUAGGUCAAUGCUAAUGAACUUGUGCGUGCCUGAUUAGCCAUGUACAUGUCAUUGAGGUUGAGGAUUGCUAGUUAAGCUUUAGAGGAUUAGCUCUCUGUUGGAGAACCUGGUGCUGAACGGUUGUGUAUAUUUUAUCAUGUGAUUUUUAUACUAUCAUGUACAGAUGCAAAUUUGUCUUCUGUUGGAACAAUAAAGACUAAAAUACAA